CCCCAAUUGUAAAUUUUAUUGUUACUAUAGUCGACAAGACCCAUCAGCCACUAUAUCAUCUGUUUUAAAUGGAAUCGCGGUUGCGUAUUUUCGUCGCUUGGGGACACAAAUUGCGUGACUUGAAUUCCGGGACUUGUUUGUUUCUACGCAUGAUCGGUGGGUGCAAGACAAGCUUGGGAAGCGUUUGUACUUCGGUCCCUGCUUGUUCAACAUGAUUCGCUGGUGUACCUUGAAUAAAGGCGCCGAUGUGAACGAUGAAGACACGGCCGAAAUUCAGGUUGAGCGUCUAUUGGGGACGUAUCAAAAAGCGCUAAGGCUUCAUCAAAAGAAACAGUACGCUGAAGCCAAACGACUGUAUCAAGAGAUCAGCAGCAACGAAUUGGUUGCCAAAAAAGAAUCGGACACCGACACUGCAACCGCUUUGACGAUCCAGAAUUCUCCACUCGUCAUGUUACGAUUCUUGGUGUACAAGAAUUAUGCUUCCAUACUUGAGAGCGAGUUUGUCGCCAGUGACACCAAAGAUCCGCAAAUCGCCAAACACGCCAUCGAACUUUACUUUCAGGCUCUGACCGCUGAUCCUACCGAAGCGUCUCUCUGGUACCCUAUUGGCGAAUUGGCGCAUGCUCUGGGAUACUAUCGAUUUGCACGCCUGGCUUUCGAAAAUGGAGUGUAUUCGGACGUGAGUCAGCAACGCAAACUGGAUAUUAACGCGCCCAUCGGCAGCUCCAUGAUCUCCGAUCCUGCCAAAAUUCAUAAAGCAUUACAAAGUGGACCCAUCCAUCCCGGGCAAUGGAAAUGUAUGGAAGGAUUAUGCAAUGUGCUGUACGAUAUCGGUGAUUUCGGUCUCUGCCAAUACUACGUUCAACAAGGCCUCGCACGAUUUCCUCAAUGGGCCGUCGGCGCUCGCUUACAGAAGCAGUUGAACAUGUCCUCAACAAAUGAAGACGCAAUGGAGAAUGAAAAGCUGGUCAUUGAUCAAGAACCACCAGCAACUAUGUCCGUCACUGUUGCAAAACCGGAUUGGUCCCUUCUCAUUGAAACCUUGCUUCAACAAUAUGUGGAUAUGACCUGGAAGGAAUCUUCUUCGGAUCCUGAAAAUGAACAUCCACUUCUGUUUAUCAAUACCUUGCUCAACAUCAAAGUAAACAUCCCCAAACCCGUGACCGCUUCGCAAGAGGUAGAGGAAGAGCCCCAGCAACCACUACAGUCUCAGCAGCAGCAGCAGCACCCGGUGUCGGAAACUCCAGAUCACCCACCUACGGAGGUCCUGAUCGCGGAUCAGGAUCGCCCUAUGGCGGAAGCUUUUCGAUCUGAUGCGGAAGGCACCCAAGCUUCGCCCAUUAUUCUGCUUGACAAUGGCGAUGCAGAAAUGUCAGCCAAAGAUACGUCCACUGGUGACGUUGCCGAACCCAGCAAUACAGAUGAAGAGACCUCCAAGAAGCGAGAAAGAGAAGAAGAAGAGGGCUCUGAAGCUGGAGAGGAUAAUGAGUUUGAAUAUGAAGAAAAACGGGCCACUCUAAGAGCUUCAAAAAGACAACGCGAUAAAAUGGAAAAUAAGGAAGCAUCCCGUCAAAAAAUGCUUGCGGAAGAGAAGGUGGCAGAUGACAAGAUUCAAGCAUUAUUCGAUCAAGUAACCUCGAUCGAUCCGGAGCUAUUCCCAAAUCGCCAUCCUUGGUACGAUGUCCUCAUGGAUGGAAAAGAAAAUGCCACUCGUCUUUUCUACGAAUGGUUUGACAUCAAAAUCUCGCAACUGGACAGCAGUUAUGCAUGGGAUGUAGAUCAUCCAUCGAUAAAAUCACAGAUAUCGAAAGGUCAUGCCGCUCAUCGACGAUAUGACAUUUUCCAACGAACAAAAAGAGACACAGUGGCGACAACUACGCCACUAUCGAGUGACGAAGCGCUGCUAAAAUUUGUUCAAAAACUGAAUGACAAGAAUUCCGGUAUCACCGAUGUUCUUUGCCAAUUGACUCUGGCGUUACUGGAAGAAGACGUCCAUCACGGCAGUUUACCGUCGACGGAGGAAUCCGUCGCAAGUUGUUUGGUAGACACCAUCCUCACAUUAAACAAUACAUUAAUCGGGGCCAUCAUGCACGGCGAUCUGUGCAAUGAAUCGGCAGAGAAUUUCCAUAAUUGGCGAAUGCAGAUUAUUGUACGUGUAUGCGAACGGCUGGUGGAUCGGCUUAUCACGACCAUUAUCAAUACGAGUGCUGCGGAAGCCACCGAAUCAACGAAGCGACGAUCGACAGCGAGCGCGAAACAAUCCGAAGCGUCCAUUAAACAGUUAUCCGACUUGUGUCAAGCAUGGAUUGGAUUGUUCGAACGCUGUGUGAUGAAGGAGGCGAUGGAUAUUGCAGUGACCUACGUUGAUAUACAGCAACUGGACCGUGUUGACUGGAUCGACAAGGAAUUGCUGUUACGAUAUUGGUUUGUUAAAGGAAAAAUGGCGCAAUGCGACGAAGACGUAGAAGCGGCUUUUUCAUGGUACGAAAGCUGCGAAACCUUGUUCAGCACCCCGGAAAUGCAAAAUAUAUCCAUUUUAUUGCAGUGUGAAUAUGACGGGAUCCUUGAUAAGGAACAUAUCGUGGAGAAACUACAUGCGCUACAAAUGGGAAAACAGUCGGUAUUAGUUCGUACCAAGAUGAAUGCCAAGGAUUACAAAGGAGUGGUGGACCUGGUGGAAACCAUGGUCACUACGAGACUGCAAACGGAACCUCUUUCCACAUACAACGAGUUUUAUGAAAUGUUGACGAUGCUGGCCAAGUCGUACAUGGAGACGGAUCAUCAUUUGAAAGCAUGGCAGUGCUAUGGGCAAAUCCUUUAUCGCUCAGUGAAGGAACUAAUUGCUCACGGAUCCGGUCAAUAUCAGAGCAGCGAAAUAUCACAAAAAGAUGAUGAUCCGGAAUUCUUUCGCUUAUUGAAACAAAUUGAUACACUCUUACAGGAAUUAACCUCUCUCACGUUGAGCGACCAUAUGACAGACCUUUCUUCGGCUUCAUUUGAGAUGGAGCUUGCGAAAGCGCUGAUAGUGUUGAUGCGAACUUCGCUUAUCUACAUCUUUCGCCAUCCCGAUUUCAUACCUCUUGUGAAUAACUUUACUGUUCCUGAUAUGGCGCCUCACGUCCCUUCUCAGGCCAGCAAAUCCAAUAUCUAUAACGAUAUCAUCACCAAAACCUGGACAUUGAUUUCGUCGCUUUUGCAAAAGUUCCUACAGAAGAGUCAUCAGUUUGUCUCAGAAUCUUUGCCUGUCCUAGCCGAUUUAUUACAAACAUUACACGAUGAACUUGGCGAGCGCGAAAUUUGCGGGGCGUCCAAAGGCAUCUUCUUAACUCAUUUAUUGGGUGUGUUGACCAAACUAGACGAUGCAGAGUAUCGUCGAAAUAUUUAUCAGUGCUACCAUUGUCUGUACGGUGUUCAUCUAGCAGCUGAGACAGAUGUCAUUGAGGAGCACAAUGCUGCGCAUGAAAUAAUCACGCAAAAGGCGGCCGAACCUCUUUUCAACCUUGUUGUGAACACUGUGCUUGAAAAAUUGGAACGAGGUUCUCCUCUGAAAAGCGAUCUGAAAGAUGUCACCGAUACACUCAUGGAAUUGUUCCAAAAACCACCCACAGACCAUUAUCAAGUCAAGGCCAAUCUGAAAAUCAUUGACGGGUAUCUGAAUCGCCAUAUUGAUCUCCAUCAAUCCAUUGAUUCCAUGCUACGCUAUGCCAAUAUUGCCACCAUUCCAGUCCGUUCCACCAAAAAGAAACCCAUCUCACCUGUAUAUUUUAAGAUCUACUGGAUCAUGGGUAAAGUGCUACGUCUACAGGUGAAACAUCGAUCAAAAAUCAAUUCAGAAAGGACCAUGGAUGAUUUGGAAGAUGCUAUUGAACAAUACACGAAUCAUCUCGCCCUGAGUCCCUACGAUGCGCAUGGUUGGUAUGAACUUGGACUUUGCUUUAUGCAGCUGACCGAUGAGGAACUGGGAUGGAGUGCGUCCAACAUUGUUUUGCAUAAGGAUCGAUUGGCGGAAUAUCAAAAGAAAGCGUACCAUGCUUUCUUUAGAGCUUGGAAUCUAUACCGCUCUGGUUCGGCAGCGUUUGAUGACCGCACGAAGCUGUAUGAGUUCUUUAGUAAUUUCGGACAAUUGAUCUAUACGAUGGUUGCCGAGCCCAUGGGAAUGGAGUCUUUCCAGGACCAAGAAAAGAAGCGAGCCAUGGGACAGAAUGGCGAGCUUUAUGAAGUCACUCCCACCGCCCCGCAGCCCGCACAAGCGUACAAGCUCUCACUCAUCUUCUUUACCAAGGCCCUAAAAUACAAAGCACCCGAUGGAUCCGAAUGGAAAUCACUCUACAUGUGUGGAAAAUGUUAUGACAAAUUGAGACGUCCAGCCAAGGAAAUCCUCAAUUGGUAUCAAAAAGCUGAGAAACGAGCCGCCGUGUAUGCAUCCAAACAUGGUGGACACGAGAGGAUCCUUGAACCUACCUACAAACUAUGCUCCGUGCUGCUAAAAUUACUAUAUCGUGGCGAUAUUCAGCCUGAGGUGGCCAUGGACUACGUGGACAUUCCUACACAGGACACCACAAUGUCUAGUACCUCCGAAUCAAAGACCGAGUCAUUGAUGGCGCCACAACUACCUACCCUUCCAUCAUCCACAUCUGCCGGGCCCUCCUCUCCAUACCUGUAUCCGUUAUCACUUAGUAUCACUCCUCAAGGCGUCGCCGUGCUUCAACCGACGCCAUCCACAUCAACUUUUCUUCCUCCGUCCACCGAGACAUCAAGCGCAAAAGCCAUGGACCACGAACCCAGCAUAUCUGUAAACAACCUGUCAAACGAGGCAUCUGAAACAAAUACCGAACACAGCGACCAUACCGAGCAUGUAUCUUCCCAUCUUUCCUCGAAUUACGCCUUAAUCUACAAUGCAAUAUAUGACAAGUUGGAUGAGAUCCGACGCAUUGACAAGCGAAAGUGGCAUCAUCAGCCUAUUUAUCUACAUGCCUGGAUGCACUAUAAAAUAUAUCACAAUGUCGCCGAUGCCAAGUCGGAUAUGCUGCAGUUGUUCACACUUCGCUCCAAUACAAAAUCACACAUCAAUAUCUGGAAACCAGGAUUUGAAAGGCCCGGAAAACACUUUGUUUAUGUGCACAAAUAUACUUUAUUCAUGAUUGAGCUUGCCAAGGCUUCCAACGAUCCAGAGUUCCUGAAGACGUUAUGUCGGAAACUACGCAGAGGACAGACUGUCCUGUUACAUGACAAGGAAGUUUUCUUGGCUGCGUAUAAGGCAUACUUGGAUCUCAUUCGAUCAGAACUCAAUUCCACCAACCCCGACCUGGAUGCAGACAUGAAGCGUCUGCUUGAAAGUUCAGUCGACAAGCAAAAGUUUAUUACGUUGUGCGAAAAUUAUGCAAAGUCGCAAGCCGAAGCAAAAGCAUCCGUCAAGCCAGAUUUGCUUGUUCUUCUUCAGGAACUGUUCGAAAUCAAGCGCUUAAAUCAAGGUUUAACUGGCGAUAAGACUGUGGACGGCAACAUUCAACAAUGCUUUGUUGCGUUGGUUCGUUCCAAAAUGGAUUGGGAUUCGUUAUUCACGCCCAAAAAUCCUGAAGCCACUGCAUCUGAUGAAAUGUCAGUUGAUCAACCCUCAUUGGAGACCGAAAAACCGCCAGAUACUGGGUCGUCCGAUAACGUCACUUCAGCGACGAUCUUAACGCAAGCCAAGUCAAUGGUUCACACCCUAUCAGGUGCUACAAAAUAAGUGCCGUUUCAUCCAAUGAGAAUGGUGCAAUUUUCGAGCUAAUGGAUAGACCACUUUCUUUUUUCCAAUGCCAAGCCCUCAUUAUAUUUGUAUGAACAUUUGUAUAUAUAUAUUAGCGUCUUCCGAGAAAUGAAAUAAUGUUACCAUCAAUAAUCCAUCAUGU